CAUCGACUGCGGCAGAGAAACAGGCAGACAGCACUGAAGCAGCUAAUGCUCAUCAGAUGACAAUUCUGUGGAAAAUGAAUAGAAAUUAUCAUUCUGUCUAAAGAAAUAUUGCAUUGGAAGGAAGUGAAAUGAAGACAUGUCAAUAAGCUGGCAUCUGAUUGGCUGAAGAGUAGAGCACUGCCAGAAAAGUCUUAAAAUACACACACAAAUCCAGUGCGAUUUACAGAUGGAUGAAGAUUUACAAGCUCUGAUUCAUUAAUUAACCUGUCUCACUGAAAGUCACACUGCUUACUUGGAGCUCAGUUUGAUUCUUAUUCAAGGUUUUGCAAAGCAUGUGUAACUAAUGGGUGUGGUGCUGUGAUAAAGGUCAGUCAUUCUUCAAACUCUGAUCUUUGACUAACUGCCAACUGCUCUACAAACAUUAAGCUACAGUCUAAAGGAACUGAACCCAAGUAACAAUAACUUUAGGAUUCAGGAGUGAAGCUGCUAACCAGAGAAGUUGAGUCAGGAUCACGGAACACAGUGGAGCGAACAUGAGUAGAGAAGAGCUCCUGAAAUAUUUCUGUGAUCUCACAUUGGAUCAAAACACAGUACACAAUCGUCUCGCUGUUGUAGAGAGCAACAAGAAGUUGAUAUGUAAUCCAGAUCCAAUGAUAUAUCCUGAUAAUCCAGAGAGAUUUGACGGCCUUCCGCAGGUUCUGUGUAAGGAGCGUCUGUCUGGACGCUGUUACUGGGAGGCUGAAUGGAGCGGGUUGGGUGAUAUGGCCGUGUCUUAUGAAGGAAUCGGCAGGAAAGGAGAAGGUUUUGAAAGCAGGUUUGGAGCCAAUCACAAAUCCUGGAUUCUGAGCUGUUUCGGGGAGAAACUGAUUGCCUGGCAUGACAAUAUGGGAACACACAUUCCUCCCCCAGCACCUCCCUUAAACAAAUUUGGCGUGUAUCUGGACGAGUCAGCCGGGAUUCUGUCCUUCUACAGCAUCUCUGACAAAAACACACUCAGACACUUAUACACAUUCAACACCACAUUCACUGAACCCCUCUAUGCUGGAUUUGUGCUGUAUACUAAUUCAGUGUCUCUCUGUGAUGUAAAAAAAACAGGAUGAGUCAUUUCAAUUCACUACGAGAUCUACAGUGGCCCCCAAAAAGUACUUGCACUCUUUAAACAAAGCUAAUAAUAUAAAAAAGUGCCCUUUAUUUUAUUGGACUGUCUAUUUACACUAAGUGCAAAUGUCUCGCCUUGUUGGCAGAAGCUAUUUACACCAACUCCACCCACUAACAUAUGCUUGGGAUAGUCAACACAACAAAAGACGGCUAUCAAAUAACAGCAUCAGUGGCGUAAUUGGUAAAAUGCAUAGCACAGACUUUUUGACGCAAUCGACCCAAGUUUGAAUCCACCUUUUUCCAAACUCAUUCUUGACCCUUUUUCACAUCUCAUAUUACACCAGAAAGGCAUUUUCAUUUCAUUUUGAAGUAUCAGGUAGUGUUACGAUCAUCAGCUGGAGUGCCCAUGAACUCCAGUAGAGGGCACUCCACUCAGGACUCUUGUAUUUGGUGUCCAUUUCCAUUCCCUACUCCAUUUCCCAUAACCCCAUGCUUAGGGCUAAUUACCACCAGGUGUUCCCCAUUACCACUCCCCUAUAUAUACUGUGUUUGGACUGAUUGCGAAGUCUUGUUUAGUCCCGUCUAGCAUUUCCGAGGGUUUCCCUAGUGUUUGUGUCUUACUAUACCGACUGUGAUUCUCUGCUGCCUGCCCCGACCUCUGCCUGUUACUGUUUCUGAUUUUGGAAAUCCCUUGACAUACUUGAUGCUGUUCUCUGAUUACUGCCUAUCUGACCAUUCUCUUAUUAAAUAUACUGCAAAUGGAUCUGUCUUUGACUCCUCGUAACAGUUAGGGUUAGGGUUGGUGUAGGGAGCUGCUUUAUUGUCCCAAUAAGUCAGCAUCCGUUUAAUAAUUUGACUUAAAAUUAUAAUUUACAAUCAAUAUGUUAUUACUGCAUACUGUUUUAUAAUGUACCAGAGUACUGAGUAUUUGCCACUAUUUGCAAUAAGUAGUAUAAAUAGCAGAAAAUACUGUUUCAACCCAACUUUGCACUUAGGGUAAACAGCAUCUAUCGUGCAAAUAGCUGCUUCCUUAUUUUAAGUACACUUAUCAACCAAAACGUUUUACAAAAUGAGCUUUGUUAGGUUUCAAGAUAUAAUCGUAGAGUCCCUUUGAGUGCACAAUGUAGUAUCUAACACAAUGAAAUUCAGAUUUUUACGUAAGUGUGACUUAAGUGUCUAAAUACUUUCUGGGACCACUGUAUGGUAGUUCAGAUUUUUAUUUUAUUUUAUUUGUUAGUUACGAUGACAUCUUCAUUUCAAGAACAUAACUUGCUUAGAGGGCUAGAUAUACAAUGCAUGUGUCGCAUUUUAUGAUUUUCAGCCAAUUUUUCAGUAGUUGGCUUCAUUUACAGUCGCUUGAUUGACCAGUGCAGAGUUGUGCCAAAUGAAAAUGGUCUUUAUACUCCUAAAGGUGAAGAAUCUAAGGAAUCUUCAUAGCGUGUGUUGCUUUUUUUUUAAACAUUCAUCAUUUAUUAUCCAUUUUUUAUUACUCUUUAUCAUAUAAUCUUUUAUAAUAAUCAUUUAAUACUCAUUGGUUUAUUCAUUGAUCAAUAAUUUUAGAUUGUUUUUUUCCCAUUGUUUAGUCUUAUCACUGUCUGGUUUUGAUGGAUAUGUUUUCACAAGUAAGAGGAGAAAGUCUCAAUUUUAAGGGGUUUGAACAUCACAGGACGAUGCUGUGAAGCUAUAAUGUUCCAUUGCUUCAACUUGUUGGAUUUGUGCUGGCUAUAUAUAAAGCCUGAGCAUUGAAACAUAGGCAACUAAGAUUAUUCAAUAAACUUUACUCAUUUUACCA